CUGCCAGCACGCGACCGUGCAAACAUGUCUGAGAAAGAAUUGGGUCAGAAGUGGGACCGCUGCCUUGCUGACAGCGCCGUGAAACUUGGGGCUGGCCUCGGGUUGGGUAUCGUUUUCUCCGUCGUCUUCUUCAAACGCCGCACGUGGCCAAUAGCGUUUGGCUCAGGAGCGGGACUGGGCAUGGCAUACUCCAAUUGCCAGCACGACUUCAGGUCACCGUACCUGCUGCACGGGCACAUGGUCAAGGAGCAGUAGUACAGUUUCAUCAAGGGACAGCUUCCUCCUCUCUCUCAUUCAUGUGUUUGCACAGUCCUCCAGUCAGUCUGUCUGUCUGCGGGCGGGUUCCCUGCCACUUCCUGUCACUGUCCUGUGCGUUCGAUCACCACUGCUUCCCUAACGGCAUUUAUUUAAUAAAACAAC